GGCUCGAGCACGGAUGACCAUGGUCUGGCGGUUGUAGAUCGCCUGGGCUCGGCCCUGGUCUUCUCCAGGGCGCCCGCCCCUCUGGGGGGUGGUCGGCUUGCCAUGGCCCGGAAGUACGACGCCGUGAUCUUCGGCGCGUCUGGCUUCACGGGCGUGCAGGUCUGCCGGCAGGCGCAGCGCCUCCGCCCCUUCGCCAGCUGGGCGGCGGCCGGCCGCAGCGCGGGCCGGCUGCGCGAGGCCGUCGCACAGCUGGACGCCUCGGCAGCCAAGCCCGACAUCAUCGUGGCCGACGUGGAGAGCCACGACUCGCUGGUAGCGAUGGCGCAGCAGGCCCGCCUGGUCGUGAACGUGACGGGCCCCUUCCGCUUCCUCGGGGAGGGCGUGGUUCGGGCCUGUAUCGAGGCGGGUACGGACUACGUCGACAUAUGCGGCGAGCCGGAGUUCAUGGAGAGGACGUUGCUGAGGUACCAGGAGGCCGCCGUCGCCGCGGGGGUGAUCGUGUGCCACGCCUGCGCCUUCGACUCGAUCCCCGCCGACCUCGGCGUGAUACACAGCGCGCUGCUCUACAGAAGGGCUGGCGGCACCUGCACCGGCGUGGAGGCCUUCCACAGCAUCGAGGCCCCGCUCGGGUACACGGGCCACGCCACGACGUUCGAGGCCGCCGUGCACGGCGUGGCCGCCGCGCCCGCCCUGGCGCGCGUGCGCAGGUCGGCGACCACAAAGGGUAUGGUCACCGGGCCCUCGCAUCUGGGCCUGCAGCGUUCGCCCCCUUCCUUCCUUCGCCCCCCGAGGUAUGCGCUGCCUUUCAUGGGCUCGGACGCCAGCGUGGUGCGAAGCUCCCGGCGGCUCCUGGCCAACGUGCUGAAGGACCCAGCCGCAUCCGAGCUGCGUCCCCAGUUUGGCAUCUACUUCACCCUGGCCUCGGCGGCGUCUCUGGCGAAGGUGAAGUCGGGCCUGUCCCUCUACAGGGGGAAUGUGCUGGCGUUCGGCGCCCUGUGCCAGGCGCUCGCCAGUUGCUCGCUGGGCCGCUGGCUGCUCGUGCGGUGCCCGCGCCUCUUCACGUGCGGCGCGUUCAGCUCCCGGGGCCCAACCGAGGAGCAGAUGGCGAACAACAGCGUCACCACCACCUUCUUCUCCCAGGGGGAGGUGGGCGGCGUGAGCUGCAGCGCGGUCCUCGAGGUGGGGUGCGACGACCCAGGCUACGUGGGCACGGGGAUGAUGGUGUGCGGCGUGGCCGCGACGCUGCUGGCGGAACGCUGGGCGCUGGACGUGGAGGGCGGCGUGUUCACGCCUGGGGCCCUCUUCUACAAGUCCGGCCUGGUGGGGAGGCUCAAGAAGCAUGGGCUGCGCUUCGAGGUGGUGAGGUCCAACAUCCCGUCGUGACCUGAGGGCGCGGACGACCUGUGUGCUUAUUAUCGGGGUUGCCUCCCAACGCACCCCUGGCCAGGCCGACAGGCGCGUAUGCCUUCCCGGCCAAGUCUUUGCCCUGUGGAGCGGCUCGGGUCGGCUCGCGCUGCGACAAAAAAAAAGGGCCCCCCCCCGCUCGGACGUCACAGGGUGGCUCGCCCCGCCGCCGCAGGACCCACGCCGUGCCAGUGUCACGGCGGACGGGUGGACUGCACCGAGUGCAGUCGGACUUGGUUGGACAGGACACGCGAGAGGACACAAGACCCUUCCGAGGGCCACAUUGCCACAGGCAUGUAAGAGGCAUGGGUCGCGAGGCACAGGGCACAAGAGUACCCUUGAUUUGGCAGGGUCGACCUCCUAAUCCGCGCAGACGGUCGUGCGACCCGCUUCCGCCAGUGAAGGAGAGCAGCAAGUUCUUCUGGCAUCUCUUCUCUGUGCACCGCAGGCCCCAGGACCUGCAGGACAUUCCCGAUCAGCAGUGUGACAGCAGAGGGCUUUGGGUCACCGUUCUCCCACUCAAUCUCGCCGAUGACGACCUGCGGAAUCUGGUCCGCCGGCAGUUUCAACGCCUGCCCGGGUGUCAAGAAUUCCCCCCGGAUCCCUCAGAAGCGUGUUCCGAUUGGGGAUUAAAGACCUCAGUGCCAGGGACAGGAGUGAAUUCAACAUACGCAACGUUUUGUUCAGAACUUCCAUUAUCUUUUUUAUGUGUGCGCGCUCGCCAGCAUACCCGUGGUGCUGGAGCAUCCGGCCAAGAGCCACAGAGCAAACGCCCCGUCUAUUUGGCUCCUUCCUGAGAUCAGUCGUCUUAUCUCGCAUGCGUGCGUUAGUAAGCUGGACAUUCACCAGUGCCGUUUCGUGUCCUAGACAUUUAAGCCUACAUCGUUGUUGUGUGUGCAUGCCCCAGCCGUGUCGGCGGUCACCAGUUCUCAGCAUUCAGGAGUUAAGUGUGCCAGGGAUAAUCGGCACCUGACUGCGCGGGCCCGACACGUUGGCGAGUGGCCAGUGCACAAGCUAAAUCAUUUCCACCAGAGUUGUGCCGCAUGCUUGCGUCUUCGCUUGCUCGCGAGAUCGGGGCCAGGUCUCUGGACUUGUGGGGCGGGAGGGGUUCUUUGGAGCCUCCUGCUGCCCGUCAGCAUUUAUAUGUGCCCGUCGAUCCCUACUUGGGUCGUGUGACGGUGGCGGACCUCCGGGGCCAUUCGCUUCGUGGUUAGUGCCCAUCGAACCAUCGUCACUGUCCC